AUGGAAGCUUUUCUUCUUGAUCGUGCACACGAGAUUGUGUGUGGUGGAUUGAUGUUUAUUUUGGUCCCAGCUAUCGCUGAUGAAACAUUACUUUCUAAACCAAGUCCUGGUUUGCUUUUGGAUGUUUUGGAAUCUUGUCUUAUGGAAUUGGCAAAAAUGGAUAUCGUGGAUGAAGCUAAACUGGAUUCAUUCAACAUGCCGUCAUACAUAACAUCACCAGAACAAGUUGAAGAAUUAGUAGAGAGAACUAGGUGUUUCACUAUAGAAAGAUUGGAGAGAUUGGAAACAUUGUUUCCACUAUCAAGUGGUGCAAAAAUACUAGCUAACCAUAUGAGAUCUGCAAGUGAAGAAAUAUUCAAGCAACACUUUGGGUUCAGUGAUGAUGAUUUAGACAAAUUGAUUGAGCUUUAUUCCGAAAGACUUGUUGAUCCUCUCUCAAUAUUUACUAAAUCAGAAGACAAGUCUUUUCAAAUGUUUCUUGUUCUCAAACGCAAUAGCGAUAUCGUAGAUGAAGCUAAAGUGGAUUCCUUCAACUUGACAUCAUACUUAACAUCGCCUAAACAAGUGAAAGAAUAA